AUGCCGGGAACCGCUGGGAGUUUCUCUGAGGCCCUGGGCCAUAGCGGUCUUAGCGCCGAAAUUCGCAGCACGGUCUUCCAUAAUAAAGCUCAAGCGGAGGCACUGCUUGCCCAGUUCCGGACAGUCCUUGCCCGGUACGUCACGGGCAUCAGAGAGGUGGAGGCGGUGACGCAGGAAGCAGCGGAGCUUCAAGAUCCAGCACUCCAGAAGAACGUCGCCGCAUACAUGGAGCGAAUCAACGAAAUGCAAUAUGAAGCCACCGAAGUUCGUGCUGAAGUGGAGCAAAUUGUGAAGACGAUGGAGGCAGAACAGCUGCAACUUGAGGCGGAAGCAACCGUUUUUGAGGGAGUUGCAUCAACCAUCGGAAUCACUGUUGCCGCGAACGGCUCAACCGAGGAGAACGAAGAAGAUUCUGCAGGCGCCGCCGAGGUGAACAAGCUGACAAAGGAACUUUCAGGGCUCGCGACUGAGGUGGACAAGCUUAUGCUGGGUGCAGUAAGCGCCGCACAUGAUGUGGCUAGAGUGAAGGGCGGAGUAUCUGCCUUUUCCGCUUCGCGUCAGCUGGCUGCAGGUCUCCCGAGCUUGCUAGAGAUUGAAGAGUCUCUUAACCAGGUGCAGCACGCGCUGGCUGCCGCGUUUGCCCGUGCGCAGACCCAGGUUUCUGUGGUAGCUGCCAGGACUCGCCGAAGUCGUGAGGAUGCUGCGCUCCGUGAGAGCUACAUGUAUACUCAGGCGGGACUGCCAGAUGGACCGGGUACAGCUACGGACAACGAGGAGGAAGUGCUUGGACAGUUUGGCCCCAGGAAAGCGACGAACCAGUCGCCUCUGCGCUCUGGCAGCAGUACGACAGGGAAAAGUGCCCCUGGUCACUCCUUGAGUAGUUCGUGGCCGUCAGCCUCGUUGCUCGGGGACGAAUAG